AUGAUAGAAGAUAAAACUGUUAAAUAUGCUUCAGGACAUUGUUCAAAGUAAAAUAACUAAGCUCAUUAAAGAAAAACUGGUGUUCAUAGAAGAAACCUAAGUACCCAAAAACGAACAUCAUGGAUCCCGGUUUAAACUCCAACUUCACAAACUCGUCUUGGGACGAUUCGUGCAUGUACAGCGUUGCAACACACAUCAAGUUCUAUCGCUUCGUAACGAACGGCAUCCUGCUGAACUUUUUCGGAUGCCUGGGAAUCCUAGGCAACAUCAUCUCGAUGAUAAUCCUUUCCAGACCUCAGAUGCGAUCGAGCAUUAAUUGUUUAUUGAUCGGAUUGGCCCGUAUCGAUACCCUGUUGAUUAUAACCAGCAUUCUAUUGUUUGGAUUGCCGGGUAUUUUCCCGUACAGCGGUUUUCUGUUUAAUUAUUAUUAUUACGUGUAUGCGCACAUUGCGCCUGUUGUCUACCCCUUGGGGAUGAUGGCCCAGACCGCCUCCGUUUAUAUAACGGUGACGGUGUCUUUAGAACGAUUCGUGGCGGUAUGUCAUCCGCUCAAGGCGCGUGCUUUAUGCACCUACGGCAGAGCCAGGGCCUACGUUAUAGGCAUCAUAAUAUUUUCCAUAGCCUAUAACAUGCCAAGGCUGUGGGAGUCUAACAUCCAGCAGGACUUCUACGAGAAAAUGAACGUGACGGUUUACUCCAACAAGGAACGCCAGCUCCUCUCGCGUCUUCAAAAACGCGAAAUAGGUUUGGCAACGAUGCUUCUCUGCGUCGUUCUUGUCUUCUUCAUCUGCAACUUGUUGCCUCUAGUCAUCAACAUCAUAGAAAUCUUCGAGCUGGACCCGGACAUAGACCUCGGCAUGAUGAUCUUCACCAGCAACCUGCUGGUCACCAUAAACUCAAGCGUAAACUUCAUCAUUUACGUGAUUUUCGGCGAGAAAUUCAAGAGACUGUUUUUGGUGUUGUUCUGCCAUAACUCGCUAUUUAACAGUGGAAGAGACUCGCCUGAUAUGCACGAUACUAGUUUUAUUUCGAAUGGCGACAGGAUUACAAAAUUAACAUUGAAAUCUCCACUUAAGAAGCAAGGCAACAACAAGCAAGAGAAAACCUUUUUCGGUUACUUGAGUGAUUUAUUUGUUCGCAGGAGGCAGCAGGAUAAACGACCCAUCGAGGAGAGAAAAGCGGAGUUACUGUCCGGUCAACAGAUCUGGCAAGGAGAUAACAGCAUUCACGACGCAAACGUCCAUUCCAGGAUCCGAAUAACGGCAUCAAACGCAGCCGCCAGGACGAAAGGAGACGUUUCAGUUUUGAUUUCUCUUUGUGGUGUUACACAAACCGACACGUCUUCUUUACGAUGGCAACUGCGUUCAGGUAAUAAGGGUACAUUACAUGGUUAA